AUGAAUGAAAAUCGGGACGAAUACCUAAAGAACAUGGGGGUUAACGCAAGUGGCGGUCAAGGCUAUGAAGUGACAGAUCAGACCCCCGCAGCGCUCCGAAAUAAACUGGGACUAAGAUCUGGAGAUCGUAUUCUUUCACUCAAUGGACAAUCAGUAGGUCAAGGACAGAGUGAUGUUCAGCUGCUAGAACAAGCAAAGCGUGAUGGCAAAGUAAAAAUUGAAAUUAAGCGUGGUGAUCAGGUGAUGACCAUUCAGCAAAGUUUUUAUGGCUUUUUUGAAUCACAAUCGACCACUUUGGGCUUUAGUUGCAGCGGCACCAAUGAUGGUUGCGGGGUGCUGAAUGUCAAUGGUGUGGUGGCUAUUCCAUCGGGGAAUACCAUUCGCUUGGUACCAGACAGUAAUGUAAAAAACUCGGGUGUACCUUAUGACCCACGCAAUAAUGCACGUGGUGAUCAGGUUGUAACACGGGUGAUCUGGUUGGAAAAUACCAACCCCAAUGAUUUGAUCCCAGCAUUACGUCCUUUAAUGCCACAAUUUGCGCAUUUGGCGGCAAUACAAGGCACCAAUGCGUUAAUUGUGUCUGAUCGUGCAGCGAAUAUUUAUCAACUUGAAACCAUUAUUCGCAACUUAGAUGGUACUGGGCAAAAUGAUAUUGAAGCUGUUCCUUUACAACAGAGUCAGGCUGAAGAGAUCAUUAAGCAAUUGGAUGCCAUGAGUUCGACAGGCGCAUCGAAAGACUUUGCUGGGGCAAGGGUUCGUAUUAUUGCUGAUGCACGGACCAACCGUAUUUUGAUUAAAGGGGAUACAGGUACGCGUAAACGUAUCCGCAAUAUGAUUGAAAUGUUGGAUGUGCCUUCUGCAGAUCGUUUAGGCGGUCUUAAAGCAGUCAAUUCUAGUUCAAAUAAUUCUUCUAAUAGUAGUUCUAACAACAGCAAUAGCAACAGUUUUAAUAAUAACAAUUCAUCAUCGAAUACCGGCUCAAGCACUGGAAGCAAUGGUGCUCAAAAUGCGUUGGUGGUUAAAGCUGAGCCACAACUGAUGCGCGAAAUAGAGGCUGCCAUCCAACAGCUCGAUGUACGUCGUCAACAAGUAUUGAUUGAAGCGACGAUUAUUGAGGUUGAGGGUAAUGAUACUGAUCAACUCGGUGUGCAAUGGGCAAUGGGUGAUCUAAGCAGUGGUGUAGGUUUAAUUAACUUUGAUAAAGUGGGUACAAGUUUAGCUAAAUUGGCAGCAGGCUAUCUAUCAGGUGGUGCAGCUGGUUUAGGUGGUGCUGUUGGUCCAGGUGCUUCUCUUGUCUUAGGAGAUUAUAAAGAAGGUGCAGACGGUUCACGUAGACUAUAUGGUGCAGUGAUUCAGGCUUUAAAAGCCAAUACCAAGUCAAAUUUAUUAUCUACACCAUCGAUUGUCACAAUGGAUAAUGAAGAAGCGUAUAUUGUCGUUGGGCAAAACGUUCCAUUUGUUACAGGUUCAGUCAGUACUGGGACAGGUGGCACCGUCAAUCCAUAUACCUCAAUUGAACGUAAGGAUGUGGGGGUGACCUUAAAGGUAAUUCCGCAUAUUGGUGAGGGCGGUUCGAUUCGUUUAGAGGUAGAACAAGAAGUCUCUGCAGUUGCUGAAAAUAAAGGGCAGGCAACGGAUUUGGUCACCAGUAAACGUUCUAUCAAGACCUCUGUGCUUGCAGAUCAUGGUCAAACCGUGGUGUUAGGCGGCUUGAUUUCAGAUGAUACAGCUCAUACACGCCAAUCUAUACCAUUCUUGGGUGAUAUCCCGGGCUUAGGCCGUUUAUUUAGAGCGGAAGGCAAAUCGAAUGCUAAACGUAACUUAUUGGUGUUUAUCCACCCAACGAUAAUUGGUGAUAAUGCAGAUAUACGCCGUGUAUCUCAACAACGUUAUGAUCAACUGUAUAGUCUGCAAUUGGCGAUGGAUAAAGAUGGUAAUUUUGCCAAACUCCCAGCCAAUGUUGAUGAUGUUUUUCAGCAACGACUACCGUUUAGCUCGACACCAAGUUCGCAACCUAAGCUGGUACAACCACAACCGACAGCACAACCAUCAAGCCAGUAUCAAAAAGUGCCUACAGGUGCCAAGACAGGUGCAGUACAAGGCAAUGCAGUGACUACACCCGUUGCAGAGGAACCAAAUGAUAUCCGUGAGUUAGAAGGGCAGGAAGUCACGAUUGACCGUGAUAUGCUGGUUGGACGCCAUCAAGAUGCAGACCUGUUAUUACAAGCUGCGGAAAUUUCACGUCGCCAUGCCGCAUUCUUAUUAAAAGAAGAUGCGCUUUGGGUUCAAGAUCUAAAGUCAUCCAAUGGUACUUUUGUGAAUGAUAUCCGUAUCGAUCAAGAUAAACUAUUGAUGGACGUAAAACCUGUUGUUUUGCAAACUGAACAGGCAGCGCCUGAGGUUGAAGUUCAACCGGUUGUAGCUUCAGUAGAAACGCCAGUUCAACAACCUGCAGAAGCUGUGGCGACUGCUGAAAUUAAACCAGCUGCCCCAGUAGAACGUACAGUGGCAGAUCAGAUGAAUGAACAGGGCAUGCCUGAGCUUUCAGAACGUGAUAGCAAUGUUCAAAUCAAUCGUGAAGGUAUGCCUUCUGGUGUAGCAAUCCCUAAACCUGCGCCAAUUCCAGAAGGUGUGGAUAUUCAUGCGGCUACACAGCCAAAAGUAGAGCAGGUCAAAGCACCUGAACUUGUUGCAGAAGAACAUGUCGAAACUCAGAAAAAUGCAAAGUUAGGUUUGGCAACACUGCUAGACCAACGCGAACUGAUUUUAUUUGAUUUGGAUGGGACCUUGGUUGAUUCAGCAUUUGAUUUAUAUCGUGCCAUGAAUUUAAGUCUAGCGCGUUUGAACUUACCCCAAGUCACUGAACAACAGGUUCGGGUUUGGAUUGGUAAAGGCACCUCGUUAUUUUGUGAAAGUACAUUGAAGUAUUUAAAAGGUGAAGUGGAUCCUGUACUGCAUCAACAGCUUUUGGAUACAUUCUUGGAAAUUUACAAUGCAGAACCUUGUGUUGAUACCAAACCAUUCUCUGGAAUUUUAGAAUUUUUAGAAUGGGGAAUUGAAAACAAUAAGAAAUUGAUUUGUGUGACCAAUAAACCAGAACAGCCCGCUCGAAAAAUCUUAGAAGAAUUGCAAAUGGAUCACUAUUUUGUCGAUGUAAUAGGUGGUGAUCGUUUUGAAGUGCGUAAACCACAUCCAAAACCAUUGUUGUAUUGUGUUGAAACUUAUCAGUCAUCAACUGACAAAACCUUGAUGAUUGGCGAUUCAAGUAAUGAUGUCGAGGCUGCACGCCGUGCAGAGGUUGAUUGUAUUGUGGUCAGCUAUGGUUAUAAUCACGGUGAAGAUAUUCAACUCUGUCAGCCACAACAAGUGGUGGAUGAUUUAACAGAGCUUUUGGCUUAA